GCGGUUUUUCAGGAAGGGAGGAGCUUGGACCACCUCAUGGACCGUCUGUUCAGGACACAUUCAUACUUGUCCAUCACUUUGCUGUAGGAGUCCCAAUCGUGACAUCUCUCGAAGCCGCACUACCUCCUCUUGGCUUGUGUUUCUCUGCCUGGGAGAUCAAAUGCCCUGACUGGACGACUGAAGUCCACCUAUGCAUCAAACAACCUGCACUGCACAAGAGAGGCUAUUUCAUACUCGCUCCUGUCAAGCACAAGCAGCCAGGGACCAUCUUCUCCCCGUGCUGAGUCAGCAUCUGUCCCGAAGCAGAGGGCGGGUGCAGGAUACCGAGAGUCCAACAGGGGGAACCAGAGUGGAUUCCGGCGAUGUGGCAAUAAGGUCUGACUAGUCACACGUUGAAGAAAAUAUUCCUUUCCAAUUGAGGCUCCACUUCCCCGGUCCUUUAGGAUCAUGGCUAAAGAUGCUGGUCUAAUAGAAACGAACGGAGAGCUGAAGGUUUUCAUUGAUCAGAAUCUGAGCCCCAGUAAAGGUGUCCUGUCUUUGGUCGCUGUCCAGCCUGCAACCGCCCCCUUGGCCAAACAGCUCCUACCCAAAACACUUGGGCCGUCUAAUGUGAAUAUUGCUGCACACAUGCAACAUAUACCACACAUGGUGAUUGGAACACCUCAGAGGCCGACAGUAUCUAAUACCAUACUGGUCAACAGUCCACACACGCCCAACUCCCAAUUCCUCACUCAAACUCAACCUUCAGAUGCUUCACCUUGGUCGUCUGGGAAGCGUGGCAAGAAAGGGGAGAAGAAUGGGAAAGGCUUGAGGCAUUUCUCCAUGAAAGUGUGCGAGAAGGUGCAGAAGAAGGGAGUCACCACCUACAACGAAGUGGCAGAUGAACUGGUGGCAGAAUUCAGCUCUGGUGACAACCACAUGUCACCCAAUGACUCGCACGUGUAUGACCAGAAGAACAUUCGGCGGCGUGUGUACGAUGCCCUUAACGUCCUCAUGGCCAUGAAUAUCAUCUCCAAAGAGAAGAAAGAAAUCAAGUGGAUCGGCCUGCCCACCAACUCUGCACAGGAGUGCCAAAACCUUGAGGUGGAGCGACAGAGGCGGCUGGAGAGGAUCAAACAGAAACAGUCACAGCUUCAGGAGCUCAUACUACAGCAAAUAGCGUUCAAGAACCUCGUGCAGAGGAACCGACAGAGCGAGCAGCAGGCAAACAGACCUCCACCCCCCAACUCCAUCAUACACCUGCCCUUCAUCAUCGUCAACACCAGCAAGAAAACAGUCAUCGACUGCAGCAUCUCCAAUGACAAGUUCGAGUAUCUGUUCAACUUUGACAGCAUGUUUGAGAUCCACGAUGACAUCGAGGUGCUGAAGCGUAUGGGCAUGGCUUGUGGUUUAGAGGUGGGCAAGUGCUCUCCAGAGGAUCUGAAGGUUGCACGCAGCCUGGUGCCAAAGGCUCUGGAGCCCUACGUUAUCGAGAUGUCAAAGGGUCCCAUCAGUAACGUCUACAUCACUGGAGCACCCUCUGCUAAUGGAGCCCGUUACACGAGCAGCGAUGGUGGCCCCGACGGUACCAUGGCCUCCAGCUCUAACGACUCUCACUACAGUGGCUCCCGUGUGGAGACCCCGGUGUCUUACAUGGGUGAUGACGACGACGAGGACGAGUACGAUGAGAACGACGAUGAAGAUUAAGCCGUCUGCACCUCGCCACCCCAACAAGCACAGUCUCUCAAACCGUUGCCACCGCCACCUUGGAAACAUUUUUUUUCUCCCACACGCCCCCACAACCCCAUUCUUGUUCUGUCUGUUUUUCUCAGGGCUGUAGAUGAGAAUUGAAAGAACAAGUGGGGGUGCUCGUCUGCCCUUCCUCUCCCGAAUGACUUGUCCAUGCACCGCAGCUCUGAAGGUGGUUUGGCACUGGGAACUGUAGCGUGUGGCCUGACCUCAAAACUGAAGUCUUUGUGCAUUUAAGUCAUUUUUGAAGAAGCCAUCCCAUGAAAAACAAAAUGAUAAAAACCAACAUUACUGCUGUUGGAGAAUUGGGGGGGAACCCCCAUUUGUAUCAAUAUGUUGCUGUUUUCCCGUUAGCAACAUGAUGAUCUAUAAUGUUCAAACAUGGCCAAAGUGUUCGCUUGAACAUGCUGCCAUGAAUUGUCAGUGGCAUCCUAUGAUGGGGCUCCAUCAUGUGUUGAUGCUUGUUUGUUUUUGUUUGGUUCUGGGCAACAGGUUGAAAUGGUGGUUCCAUUUCUCAUUCUAUUGGGCUGGCUUCCUUCUGUUCUUGUAGGCAGCUGCUUUCCUUACCUUUUUUUGCUAGGUUUUUUUUAUGAUUAUUUUUACUUUUUUUAAUGUCAGUUGAGGAAUUCUCAUUCAUCACCCUGCCUAACACUUUGGUAGUGUUUACAAAAAUAAUGCCACCAGCAAAGUAAUUACUUUUAUAACCCAGGUUGCUGAUAGGUAAAUAAGCUUUGUUGGUGACAUAUGAACCCUGUUAAUGAUUGUAGCUUUAUAGUAUCCUUUUAGAGGCCAGUGGUAAAGAUACUAGACCAUCAGACAAUAUCCAUGUAACUGUGGUUGUAUACAGUAGGUCUUUGUGGACUCCCGUCAAAGAUCUCUCCCUUUUAAAACUGAGCAACACAUGUACUGACUUCUUCCAAAUACCCUUUUCUGUAAUCUAAUAUAAGUUUUCAAAUUAAAUAUAGAUUGUUUUAAAAGUUUC